ACGUAAAGCAAUUCGUCCGACCUGCAAGGGAAGUGAUUAGUGAAGGCCUAAGCUUAAUAUACAUUUAUAGACGAUGAAAGUAGGAAUAUCACAACACACCUUGAACUUAUAGUCAUUAUUAUUAAGUCGUUUUCACGAUGAUCAUAGAAAAUGUGGAAGCUUUGAAGUCGUGGCUCGCAAAACUCCUGGAGCCAAUAUGUGAUGCUGACCCCUCUGCUUUAGCCAACUAUGUUGUGGCUUUGGUAAAGAAGGACAAACCUGAGAAAGAGCUGAAAGCACUUUGUGCAGAUCAACUGGAUGUCUUCUUACAAAAAGAAACCACCGGGUUUGUUGAUAAACUCUUUGAAUGUUUGACCACCAAAAACUACUUGGGUAAUCCACUUGCUAAGGAAGUUCCCAAGGAGGACACCAAACUCCCUGUGCUAAAACAGGAGGCUGUGGAGGCUGAAAAUGUAGAAGAGGAUAGGGGGGAUAAUAGGAGGAGAAGAAGUCCACUGAGAAACCGCUCUGACUUCAACGAAUCAAGGGGCCGCGAUGACCGCAGACGAGACGACCGCAAGCGGCGUGACAUGGACCGCCACGGUAAAAGCACAGAUUCCCACCGGGAGAGGCAUGACCGGCACGGAGGCAACUCUCGUGGGCGCAGCUACAGUCGCAGCAGGAGCCGCAGCCGAAGUGGGAGCCAUGGCAAGAGCAGGGACAAGGAGCACAACCGAGGGAGAGAUUACAGGUCAAAGUUUGAAGUGGAGAGGAAGGAGCCUGAGAGUUUCAACUCCACCUCUGGGUCCCUGGGCACCCAACAGCAGCAGCAACACCAGCAUCCUCCGCCUCUCCUGCCAACCCCCCAGCAGCACCCGUUCCCCUCCUCCGCUGGCCAAGCUGUCCCCAGCUCUGUUACCGUGGUAGCGCCUGCUCACCUGCCCGACAGCACCACGGAGAGCUGGUCUAAUUACUAUUCCAAUCACAGGGAGGGCAAGCCGUUCAGCAAGAGCACUUCAGUUAAGCACCGCUGUCGCGACUACGACGAGAAAGGUUUCUGUGUGCGUGGUGAUCUAUGUCCCUUUGACCACGGCAAUGAUCCUCUGAUUGUGGACGACGUCACGCUGCCUGCCAUGAUCCCGUUUCCCCCACCUGGCAUGCCACCACCGGCCCGUAUGGCCAUGCCACCCAUGACCGAGCCGCCCCCUGCCAUCAGGAUGCCCAUGCCCCCCCACGGCCAGCCGCCCCCACUGGGCAUCUUCCCUAUGCCUCCUCCUGGGUCCCUAUUAAUACCAGCAAGUGGGAUCGAUACUCCCAACCACUCAGGGACGAGUUCUGCCUCCUCUCUGGGACCGCCUGGAGUGGGACCACCUCCUCUUCCUCCACAACCUCCUCCUCCAUCUUCUUCCGUCUCUCUACACCCCCAAUAUUCUCAGUCAGAAUAUAAUUAUGACCCAGAGGGCUACAACCCAGAGUCUCCAGGCAUCACAGCAGCCAGCCGGCCCCAGUACAGGCAGUUCAUCCCCCGCAUCCAGACCCAGAGACCCAACCUGAUUGGCCUCACUUCCGGAGACGGCCAGGGAUCCAGAGCAGCUAACAUAGUGAUCCAGACAGAGCCGGCAGUGGCCAGUGUUCCCAGCAGUGUGUCCCGAUACAGCAACACAGAGCAGGAGAGCAGGAAGAGGCCCCUGGGGCCCAUAGAGGGCCCGCUGCCCAAAAAACCCUGGAUGGACAAGUCAAACUACCAGGCCAACAACCAACUCAACUUCCCCAACAACAAGCCCCAACACGGGGGCUUCCCCAAGAAGAAUCACUAUGUCAACACUAGGCUGGAAGUUCGCAAAAUCCCCCGAGAUCUCAACAACAUCACCAAAUUGAAUGAGCACUUUAGCAAGUUUGGUACCAUCGUAAAUAUUCAGGUGGUAUUUGGUGGCGACCCAGAGGCAGCUCUGAUCCAGUACACAGCCAACGAGGAGGCACGGCGGGCCAUCUCCAGCACUGAGGCGGUGCUCAACAACCGCUUCAUCCGUGUGUACUGGCACCGUGAGGCCAACACCCAGCAGCAGGGACAGGGCAUGGGUCAGGGGGACGGACCGAGCCAGAGCUCUGCCAUGGGGCAGCAGCAACCCAACGUCCACAAGCAGGUGAUAAAGCAGCACAGUCCCGGGGCCUAUGUGCUGAAUAAUAAGACGGUGCCCAAACAUUGCCAAGGUGUUGGGGCUGUGGCCGGGGGUAAACUGGCCGCCCUGCACCCCAGCGCAGACCCUGCAGUGGCACUCCUCUCCUCCUCUGGGGCCCUUCAGAAGGGACCCUACAUGUCCACAGUCCUCAAGGCAACGUCCAAGUCACUUGGUAAAACUGCCAAAGCACUUGAAGCACUGGAGGUCUUGAAAAAGAAGCAGGAGACAUUGAAGUUGCAACAGGACAUGAGGAAAAAGAAGCAGGAGAUGCUUGAGAAGCAGAUUGAAUGCCAGAAGGCUCUAAUCAAGAGACUUGAAAAGAACCGGGCCACAUUGAAGCCAGAGGAGAGGGCCAACCUUAUGAAGACUCUGAAGGAUCUGACUGACAAGAUCUCCCAGCUCCAGAACGAGAUGAACCCAGCUUCCCACUCAACAGCCCAGUCCAAGACCAAGAUAGAUAAACAAAAGGAGCUUCUGGAUGCAGAGCUUGAUUUCCACAAGAAGAUGAGUUCUGGAGAGGACACGACAGACCUGAAGCGGAAACUGGGUCAGCUGCAGGUUGAGGCCAUUCGGUUGGGCUUGAUACCGACCGGGCGGGGGAAGGUGGACGAUCCAGUAGGCGUCAGGGGCAGGGGCCGAGGAAGGGGCAGGGGACGGGGACGCAGAGGAGGGGGCAAUCUCAUGGUGGUGGACCACAGGCCCCGGGCCAUCGCCAUCAUGGGAGUCACACAGGAAGAGAAGGAGGAGCUGAUGCCUCACUUUGUGAAAUUUGGUGAGAUAGAGGAGCUCCAUGAUCAGGAUGCUACCAGCGUUGUCAUGACGUUCAAGACCCGGAGUGAAGCUGAGAAUGCUGCAAACCAAGGAGCAAAGUUCAAAGGUCGCAUUCUACAGAUUUCAUGGCACAAGCCGAAGACUCCAUCCGUGUCCACAGAACCUGAGGAGUCGUCGUUGAAGGAUGAGGCCAAUAAGGAGGAAGUCAGCCCCUACCUGCUUAUGGAGGAAGACGACGAUGAGGAUGACGAGUACGAGAGUCGUUCAUGGAGGCGAUGAAGGCAAUACGAACUUCACACUUUUUCAUGGGAGUGACUUUAUUUUUUGACAACUAAUUCAAGCCGAUUUGACGAAAUCACUUGUUAUUUUUUAGCGAUUUCCAGUAUUUUGAGACUGAAGAAUGAAGGACUCUUAUGAGAGAAAGCAGUUACUUUAAUGAUAUGUGUGAAGCUUGAAAAGGUAGACUGUUUUGUAUGUCUUCAAACAUCUGAAUAAUUAUACGAAUCUCACUUUUGCGGAGAUAAAAAUCGAAACCGUUAUAAAUAGGAGAUGUAUGUAUGUUUCGAUGUGGUUACUAGAUAAUAUCAGUAACGCACAACAUUUGUGACUACUGUGAAUAGCUAGGUAUUUUUAUAUAUAUUUAAGAUAUGGUUUCCUUCUCCCUCGUUUGGCUAAUGUUGUCUAUAAUUUUGAGGCUCAAGGUCCUCAGUCCAGGGAUGGGCCACGCCACCGUCUUGUUCUACAGCAGAGAUCACUAAGUUUACAGAAUGCAUUAGCGUCACCUGUUGAAAUGCCCUUGCAAAUUAGAUACAACCUCCAUCUUGAAUUCAGAGAUACAAUUGAUAUUCCCAUGAGUAUUUUGUUGUCGACUAAAUGUGUGGUGCCACUUUAUGUACAUAAGAACACCAAGACUAUUACGCACUUUUGAGAUGGUGUGUAACAACUCUCUGUUUUCUCUUUUCCCAAGUCAUCUCGUCUUAGUCAUCUGAGACCAAAGACAUCUUUGGAUGAGGAGCUAGUCAUCUAUUGUCAAACGUGUUGGAGAUCUGUAGACAAUGGUGUUUGAAUGUGUACUGAACAUUUGAUUUAUAUAUAAUUUUGCCUUACAUAAUCAGCAGAAUGCUGAAUUUUUACUAGGUUUGUUAUUUUCUUUUGUACAUUUUGUAAAUGUUUGCAAUAGGAUUUACUUUGUUGAUACUUUUUUUCAAUUUUUAGUCAUUUGAAUGAAUGUUGAAAUUGUCAGGAAAAGAGGUCCCAUAUUAUUUUCAAGCAGGAGUACUUACUCUGCUUAUUUAACGUAGGUUUGUUUUUAACCAACCCUUGUGGCGGCACUUCACAUAACAUAAAGACACAUUCUUACCAACUCAUCUCUGCCAGGAUUAAUCUUCAAGGAAAAUGAAUGGUUUGGAGAGAGUUGUCAAAUAACCAGUCAUUUGUAACAUAUUGAUUGUUUCCAUACACAGUUUCUGAUCUUAUUUUACAUUCAUCAGCAGAUAAUCCAUUUCGAUGUAAGCGAGGCACCUAAUGUUAAUGAGUGAGGAGCUCCCCAUACCGCCCUGCAAGUGGAGAAAUGUUGGUGGCUCUGAAUGUGCUAACAUCAACUCUUGUAUGUAUGUGUAUAAUUGAUGAAAAAAGCUAUAUUUGUAUUAUUUGUCCUGACAUACUGUAUUUACAUUUCUUAAAGAGAGUGAGAACUGACAUUUG